CUAAACAAGGAGGAUUUGAUCAACGGUUAAAAAAAAAACCGGUUCAAGCGGAAUUAUUAACAGAAUUCACAUAAUCAGGAAACGUGGAGAAACGGUUAUGAAGAACGGUAAGUGGGGAUCCAAGGCAUAAAUUCCGAAUACCCAAAAAUCAUUUCAACUUCUCAACUCGAAGGUAUACAGAAAGAUCAAUAUUAAAAAUCUGACAAAUCCAGCAAUCCAAAGUAAGAUGUCGAGAUAUUCGUUUUCAAAGGAUGUUCAAGUCAUCGUAGGCGGGACGCCAUUCAACUUGCACAGGGAUCUUCUUGCUGCAAGAUCAUCAAAACUUUGUAAGCUGUUUAAAGAAAACCCUGACGAAGAUCUUUCGCAUCUCCUUUCGGAUAUCCCGACGAGCCCUCAAAUCUUCGAGAUCAUGGCGCGAUUCUGCUAUAAUUUCCAAGUAAACUUGACACCCGAAAACGUCAUCGCGGUUUCUUGUUUGGCUUGUUAUUUGGGCAUGACAGAAGCCCACAGCCCCCACAAUCUGUUGAACCAAGCUCUAUCUUUCUUCGAACACGAGGUCAUCACGGGCUGGAACGAAUCAAUAAGAUCACUAAAGGCAAUAGACAAUCCAACCCUUCUUCAACAAGCAGUGCAACUUGGAUUAAUUGAUGGUUGUAUGGAUUCAAUCAUUAAUAAAGCUUUGGAUAAUCCACUUCUUCUCGGCGAACCAAUCAAGAAUCCGGUUCUUGAUGACGACGAGAGUGUUUACAAACCAAAUGCUAAAAGACAACUCUUUGUUCUUGAUUGGAAGUCAGAGGAUCUGAGUUUGACCAGCCUUCAUCUUCAGUUUUACGAGCCGAUAAUUCGCGGGAUGAUUCAAUGUAAAAUGGGCUCAAACUACAUUGCGUCGAAUCUCUAUCAGUACGCGAAAAGAUGGGUGUUUCUUGAUCCAAAAGAAACAGACGAAGAAGACACAUCUUCUUCUGAAGGCGAUUGUUCAAACUCGAAAAGAGUUGCGAUUGAAGCGAUCGAAAGACUGUUACCUCAUGAUCGCGGUGUUCUCCCUUGCGCGUUACUGUCUGAAAUGCUUCAAUACGCAACCGUUUUAGAAGCGUCUGACAACUGUAGAGACGGGUUCGAAGUGAGAAUUGGGAGACAGUUAGAUAUGGCGGAUGUAAACGACUUGCUAAUACCGUCUCAAGGGUAUUCUAAAGAAGAAAAGUAUGAUACCGAGUGUGUUCGAAGAAUCUUGAAGCAUUUCUACCACAAUUUCAGCGGGAAAGACCAAUGCGGCGGGCUCAACCUUGUGGCUGAACUGGUAGAGGAUUUUUUAGGGGAGGUAGCGAAUGAUAUUGAUCUUAAAAAAGACUCGUUUACAUCGCUUGCUGAAAUGUCGAUCGCUGCAUCAGAAGGAACACAAAGAACUUCAGAUGGGAUAUACCGUGCAAUCGAUAUCUACCUAAACAAACACAAAUACUUGACGGAAUCUGAGCGAGAAGAGAUCUGCGCGGUUUUGGAAUGCAACAAGCUGUCAGCAGAGGCGUGUGAGCACGCAGCGCAGAACGAGAGGCUGCCAGUUCGUGUGGCGGUUCAGGUGUUGUUUGUGGGGCAGUUGCACCUGCGGGAAACGAUCACGAAAGAGGUGGCGGCGCCUGAGGAGCGGUCGAAGAAAAGCGAGGAGGAGGAUGAUGAUGAGGAUGAGAAAGUGAUGGGAGAGUUGGAGAAAAUGAGUAGUAAAGUGAUGGAAUUGGAGAAAGAAUGUGUGGUUAUGAGGAGGGAGAUUCAAAGAGGUUGUUAUAUGAGGAAAAGUAACAAGAUUGAGAAAGAAAAAACAAAUGUUUGGAGGGAAAUGAAGAGGAAACUAGGGUGCAUAUCAAGCCUUAACAGAAAUAACUGUCAUGUGAAGAAGAAGAAGAAGAAGGUUCAUCCUAGGUAGAAAAUGAGUUUGUUUGGGUAAUAAGUGUUGGAUCUUUUUCUUGUGUUAGUUUGUUUUGGUUUUCUGGCUGUUUGUUUCUUGUUUUGUAUACAUUUCCUUCAACAACUAGUUUAUUUGUUUAAA